AAAAGCAGUGUGGCGAGAAGGGUUUUUCUGAUUCCCUUUCUCUCUUCUCUUCUGUUCGGAGCUGCGCGGAAGAGAGAGAAACAUCGAUCAACGAUAACGGAACCGAACAUCACACCAUCGUCAACAACAACAACAAAGAAGAAGAACAAAAGUCUCCUACGGUGAGUGAUAUGCAGCAAGGUGAUAGAACGGUCCUAAGUUUGAGGCCUGGUGGUGGUCGUGGCGGCGGAAGCAGGCUUUUCGCUCGCUCCUCUUCUCCCUCUCCCUCCGCCGAUCUUCCUAUCUCACGCCCCCAUGCCUCUCUCUCUCUCAAGGUCCCUUUCUUUUAGAUCUCUUCUUUUCUCUAUUUGGAUCUCGUUCCCAACAUCCCUCUCAAUAACCCAACUUUUUUUUAGUUUUGAAUAUGAGUGUGUGAAUGGAUAAGGUUUUGGAAUGCAAGUUUAGUUGAAUGUCCUGAUUCUUGGUGGGGGCACUAAGUUUUGUGUUUCUGCUGUAAAUAUGGACGGAAAGCAACGUGUGGGCUUUUAGGUGGGCGUGAUUCAGUUUCAGAUUGCUCAUAAAGGACCCGCAUACAUUAGGGUUUGAGGGGUUGUGAUGAUGGAUGAAUUGUCGAUCGUAACUUCCUUAUUGUGAAAGGAAAUGCUUGUAAACACGGUUUUUUUUAUUCGGAGGUUAUGUGCCUGUUUGGUUUAAAGUUGAGUAGAAUUGAUUUUGAGCCGUUGAAUGCGAUUGAGAUACUAGUGUAAAUCAACCUGAAGCAUAUGUUUUGCAUGGGGAAAUGCGAUUUCAACUAGUUUCCGUACAUGCACUACGUCAUUAGUAUAUUUGUUUCUAAUGAAUUAAUUGAAAAGGGGAACGGAUUUUUACUUACAAAAUAUUGCUUGACGGAUUGGUUUGUUAUUGUGUUUCAACAACGUGUUUUAAUUACGUAUGUGCAAAAAUUUGAAACUGAUCAAUGAUCCUCCUGUGUGAAACAUUGUUACCUAAAUUGUUGCUUGAAAUAAGACUCGGCAUAAUGAUAGUAUUGAAAUUAAGCAAUUUAUAGUGCUUGAUGGAAUUUAGAAGUUUGGUUACUAGUUUAUGGUGCAUGCUCGACACUAAACUGUAAUGGUUUUAGCAAUAUAUGUUGAAGCUUUGUAUUUUUUGGAAGGAAGAAUUGAAUUGAGUGGGUGUAGAUAAAUGGGGAACGAUGACAAGACAAGGCGAGUGGUUUUUGUGACUGUGGGGACAACCUGUUUUGAUGCUCUUGUGAGGGCUGUAGAUUCCAACGAUGUUAAACAAGCCUUGUUUGCAAAAGGCUACACGCACCUUCUCAUCCAAAUGGGCCGUGGAUCCUAUCUUCCUACUAAGUCUGAAAGAGAUGGUUCGUUGGCUGUAGACUACUUCACUUUUUCAUCCAGCAUUGCAGACCAUCUCAGAUCAGCUUCUCUUGUCAUUAGCCAUGCAGGGUCAGGUAGUAUAUUUGAGACAUUGCGGUUGGAAAAACCUUUAAUUGUAGUUGUAAAUGAAGAUUUGAUGGAUAAUCAUCAAAGUGAGCUUGCAGAAGAGCUUGCUGAUAGAAAACAUCUGUAUUGUGCUAGUCCUCACACACUCCAUCAAACUAUACCAGAUAUGGAUUUAACAUCUCUCCUACCUUAUUCUCCAGGUGAUGCUAAACCUGUAGCCAAGCAUAUAAACAAAUUUCUUGGUUUUCCGGAUGAUUGAUCUAAAGGCUUUUUUUUUUCUCUACUUUUUCCUUUGAGUUAAAUGCCCCAAAUAUUUGAAGUCUUAGUUGUGAAGAUCAUAUUUCGAUGCAAGCAAUGUGUGUGACAUGUUACAAUACAUAUAUGGGAACCGAUGCACUUUAAUAUUCGACGUGUAAUUUUGCAGUUAAUAUAUCUACGUUUGAGAGGGUUGUGAUCCUGAAAUUCAGUCACGAGAAAAUUGGUCUAGAAGAAAGGAAGUCUGUACUACACGUUCAAAUUGUGUGAUUUGUGUCCUUAAUAUUUAGAUAUGAGUGAAAAUCGACAUUAUAACAAUCCAAACAUCAUACUUAGAUAUGUUAAC